AUGGCAAUGGCUCAAGGUCAUCAAGAGCUUGACUUGGCCUCACCCAAGUUGAUGGCCCUUGCCCAGCAAUAUGACUCCCGCAAAGCAACAAUCCAUGCAGCUCUAUCCUCCAACGAUGAGUUGAUCCAGGAUCUCCUCCAACUUCUCGCAGACCAAGAGAAGGAACUCAAGAACCUGCAACUGGACAAGGCCUUCGAAGCAGAGGGCCGUCGAAAUUGGCAGGAACGCGCCACCCUCCUCGAGUCCAAGAUCAAAGGCUCUCAGCACGUUCUCUUGCUCGUCGAUGGCAAUUACCACUUCUUCAAGCAAUCCUUUUUCCGCGCUGGGACUGCCGGUGUCAAAGAGGCUGUAGAGCCGCUUCUUGACCAAAUUCGGGACUUUGCAAAAGAGCAACACAAGCAUGAUCUACCCGAGAACACUAUCCCAGUGGUGCACAUAUUCUCUGAUAUUGACCGGUUGGCUGCCGACCUGCAAAUUGCAGGUGCUGACCCACGAGCUUUCCUUGACUUCUGUCAAGAACUGUGUCAGCUGCCAUACUUUACAAUGAGUGACUGCGGAAGCAGCGAUCCUCGAACUACUGGAAUAAAGGUUGAAAAACUCUACGAACUCUACCUUGAGAACUGCCAUUGUCGACAUGUUUUCCUGGCCCUUGGUCCAGAUUCGGAAUACUACAAGACUCUCCAGAUGUACAAUGACGAUCCAUACACAAAAGGCAAGACAUCGCUAGUCCUCCCGAACUCGGGGGGGAGCAUUCCAAAUAACCUGUCCUACCACACCGUUCAGUUUAGCUCUCUCUUCAUAAUUCCUCGUGGAUCAUUUCCUCAAUUCAUACCUUCCCACCCACCUCGGACCAUUGAACAGGGGCGUGAAAUAAAUUCUCAGACCAGCUUACUGCCAAUCGUUGAUACAAGCAAAGUCCCUGAUGCAGGACAACCGGUGGUCAAACUGCCUUCGAUUGCGGUGGGGGAGCCGCCAGUGACUGCGACGAGCCACCAACCUGUAAUGGAAUCAGCCAAACCACAAGCCGGCGGGCUGUCGGUCAACCUCUCCCGUAAUGAAGUGACCCAGUUCGAGAAUGAUCAAGUCUUCAAGUUAGCACCCACCCACUCUUCGUCCUCAGGUUCGAACAAAACAGACAAGCCUGCGCCAUGGGAUAAGUCCGAUGAGGACCACACAUCUACAUCACUUUUGGGAUCAUGGGGGGAUGAGCCCGUGGGCGCCUCAUCGGGAGCUUCCCCCUCAUACCAGCAACACUCUACCAGAAAUGGGAGUACGAAUGGAAAUUGGAACCCAAAGAACAACGUGAACAAAACCGGUAAUGGUAAUACCACCGGUGGAUGGGGCAAUCGAGGCAAUACGAACAAUAUCGCGAACGGGAAUACCACCGGUGAUUGGAGCAGCAGAGGUAAUGGAAAGGGCAGGUCCAGAAGGAUGCCGACGGAAUUUGAAGGGUCUUUUGAUGAUUGGGUUAACAACACACCUCAAACACGGCCAUCAAUUACCUCUCCUGGCCGGUUGACAUCAGACCAAUUCCGAAACAAAAAGGUCGAGAUAGAUGAUCCCAACCCGUUUGCCCGUCCUAUAUGGGCACCCUUUGGUGUGAACAAGCAGGGCCAACGACUUGACCUCAACCUACCAAAAAUCACGCCGAGUCAGUCCAAGAACUACAGUGCUCGGGUCAACCAUCAAAGACUUUGCAACAAUCAUCACCUUCUACAGAAAUGCGACCACGCCAACUGUCCAUAUGACCAUGAUCCUAUCGACGCUGAUAUGUGGCUGUCUCUGCGCGUCAAUGCUCGCAAGUCUCCCUGUCAUUUGGGGUCCUCGUGCCGUAAGCAUGAUUGUGUCUCUGGACAUCAUUGCGUGAACAUGAGCAACACAACCAAAUGUCUCAGACACAGUUGUCCAUUCAAGGACCUGCAUGAGACGCGAGAUCUUGAGGUCACAGAGGUUAUUACGCCUCCCAUGAACCAGCUGUAA